AUGACGAAGAGCAUAAGAGAAGGCAGUGGAAGCUUGAACAAACCAGCCUUUUGUACUGGGUUGAGUUUGUCUCUUAGUGGAAUAGUUGGUGGGAAAGUAAAGACUUUAGGAAGUGAAGGAAGUAAAGGCAAUGGUUCCGUGCAUUUGACCCAAGAAUAUGUAGAACAAGUGCCUAAUAUAGGAACUGUAGAGGUUCCUGUAAAGUUGGCUGGAAAUGUCAUCAAUGAAGAGGGUAAUGAAGAAGAAAAUAGUGAAGAAGAGAGUAUUGAAGAAGACACUGAUAUUGAUGGUAUAAGAAGAAGAUUAGAAUUUGAAGAUAGUGUUGAUGAAUCAGAUAAGAAGAUUUAUGAGAGUGACAAUGAUGCUGCUCUAGAUGACAACAACGAAUUUGAUGUAAAUCUUCAGUUCAACUUUGGGAGAGUAAGAAAUACUUAUCUCCCUAAAGAUUUUGUGCCUGCUGCUUGUGAAGAAGACAGUGGUACAAACUCUGAGUAA